GUGUUAAAGGAAAUGACCAUGUGAGAAUAAACUGACUGAGGUUCACUCAUGGUGAGGAAAGACCACAAACACACACAGCAUCCGUUCAGACGUGUUUCAGACAUUAGGAUUUAAGUGAACUGAUGAAGACAAUGUUUCUCAGAUUAGUUUUGUUCAGUUUGUGGCGUCUGGAUGGUGUGUUUGCUGAUACAGAUGCAGUGGAGUCAGUGUCAGUGCUGGAGGGAGAUUCAGUCGCUCUAGACUCUGGUUUUACUGAAAUGAUGGAUGAUGAUCUGAUUCUGUGGAGGUUUGGAGCUGAAAACACUUUAAUAGCUGAAAUCAAUGUAAUGGCCGGCAGCAUCACUGUAUAUGAUGAUGUUCUUGAUGAGAGAUUCAGAGACAGACUGAAGCUGGACGAUCAAACUGGAUCUCUGAUCAUCACAAACACCAGAACUGAACACACUGGACUCUAUAAACUACAGACCAACAGUGUGAGCAAGAGCUUCAGUCUCACUGUCUAUGCCCAUCUGCCUGUUCCUGUCAUCAGCAGUAACUCUUCACAAUGUUCUUCAUCAUCAUCAUCAUAUUGUUCAUUGUUGUGUUCAGUGGUGAAUGUGAGUCAUGUGACUCUCUCCUGGUACAAAGGAAACAGUUUAUUGUCCAGCAUCAGUGUGUCUGAUCUCAGCAUCAGUCUCUCUCUACCUCUGGAGGUGGAAUAUCAGGAUAACAACACCUACAGCUGUGUGCUCAACAAUCCCAUCAGCAACCAGACCAGACACCUGGACAUCAGUCAACUCUGUCACACAUGUGCAGAAGUCCAUGGCUGUGAUACUAUCGAAGCUGUGAUCCGAUUGGUCGUCACAGCUCUGAUGGGCGUGGCUGCUGCAGCUGCUGCUGUGCUUCUGAUUAAUGACAUCAGAUCUGCUAGAAGCUGAGAGGAGUAAACAGAACAGAUAUGAAAUAUUCGGACAUAUUUUGUAAUCUUAAUCUUUAAAAUAUCUGUAGUCUAAUUGUUUAAUGAUGGUGAAACAUCCUUGCUUUCCAGUGCCUCUGAACUAGAUCAUAUAAAUGUUUAUUACCUGAAUGAAUCCUUUCAAUAUGGUGUAUGUUGGGAUCAUCUGGUGGCUAGAAUGAGGAAUAUUCAUAGAGAGAGAUAUCUAUGACUCAUAUAUAGGUCUUUAUUUUUAACUAAGGUAGUGACAUGAUAACAACAAACUAUGAAUUUAGACUGAAAAAUCUAAUCAAUUGGUCUGAUCAACUCAUGUUUGAAGUGCAUUAAGUAUUAUUAGGUAAUCCUCAAAUUAUGAUUAGUAAAUUAAAACCAUAAAUAUAUAUGUCACUGGAGGCAUACUUGCCAGAUUAUGGAGUCAAACAAUUCUGGUGUCAAACAGUGUAAUUCUGUCCAGCCCUGAGCAGGCCUUGCGUUGCGAAUAAUUUGAUUCAGAGCGGGACUUUGGAGCGUGUAUCACCAAUCUUUUUUUCACACCAAUCACCAAUCAACCGCAAUUUAUCUGUGGGUACAUUGCCAAAGCAAGUGAACUCCAUCUUCCUCAGAAGAGUGACAAAAGCAGCAACUCACUUCAUUAUCUGACAUGUAUUAUAAUUAUGUCCAUAAGUUUUUUGUGGAAUUACUAACUCAUAAAUCUGUUGCUUGACCUCUUCAUAUUUAUGAGAGAACUAUAGUUUCUAAAUUCAGACAUCGCUCAUGUUUUUCAAGGGCAUAGACUUUAGUAGAGACGCUAUGACAUUUUCCUACCAAUAUGUAGCGACUACUAAAUUGUCCCUAGAAAUCAUUUUGAUCAAACAAUUAGAUGUCUGCUGUUAUGUCCCCACCAAAGCCAAAAUCCUGGGCCCUCCUUUAUCAAGAGUGAAUAGAAAAUAUUCUAUAUAUUGUCUCACAAAUGAAAUUUAUAAUGCGUGCAAGUACAAAAAAAAAAACUGUAUUUAUCAAAUGUGCGCACACGGUUAUAGUAUAAUUUGGUAAAUCCCACAAUUUGCAUUAAACCAUUCUUACACACUAGUUACUCACACGUCUGUGCAUACGCACUGUUGAUAAAUGAGGGCCAUGUUCUUUUCGAUCAACAAACUCAUAAUUACAGCUUCAGAAGUGGGGAAUACUUCAUUUUGGAGAGCACACGAAGGCAGCAUAAGGUCAGUUCAGAGGUUAACUAAUGCAUUGUGUAGCCAUUUCAAACCACUAGGAUUAGAUUGUCAAAAUAAAUAGGCUCUGUUAAAAUGUGGUUAUAUAUGCACAGUUUACUUCGUUUAAGGUCAUUGUAGAGACAGCUGUUUCACAUGGUACAUCUUUUUUCUCCAACAGCAUGGUGAUGAUUUUUGAGAUGAAAAACAGGGUCAGAGGGUCGACAGGCCGGAGACUGUAGAUGUUGCAAAUGACAAAUGUUCAUAACAUUCUCUGGUGCAGGAGUCUCCAACCCUGUUCCUGGAGAUCUACUGUCCUGUAGCUCUAAUCCAAACCAAACACACCUGAACCAGCUAAUCAAGGUGUUAUUUGAUCAUUAGAAGCAGGAGUGUGUAGAUCUCCAGUGUUGGAGAUCCCUGUUUUAAUGCCAUCCAUUUCAUAUUCUUUGAUUAAAUUACACAUUAUUUUGUUUAAUUUCUUUGCACUGUUUUAAUUGUACACAGCUUUUCCAAUUAUCUUUUCAGUUUGAAAGUGUUUAUGACUCUUCUACUAUUCAUGUGUGUGUCAAAUAAUGACCAUUCACUCCUUUUAUCCCAGUUUAUUUUAAAAUCCCCAAAACAAUUACACCAGAUACGCACACAUGCACAUAUACAUACAUACACAUACACACAGAAGAAACCCAAUAUAUUUAAGUUAUGACAGUGAUAUAAUAACACCAGUGAUAAUACACUUUUGAUUUUGACAGAUUUUCUGCCCAUUGGAGGUCCAGAUAGUACUUUUUUUAUAUAGUUAUACAUUUCCAUAUGGGCAGCAGAGGUACUUUGUAAAAAAAAAAAAAAAAAAUCCUAAACAUUCAAAAUAGUCAAAGAUGAGGAUAUUGGGCCCUGACAGACAAAGCAGGUGUUUAAUGUUUAUUUAAAAAAA